GUGGUAUGAGUGAGAACAUAACAGAGGUAGUAGUAUGAGUGAGAAAUGUCAUUGUUAACAAAAAGUGUCGUUUGCAGAGAAAGAGAGAGCUGGUCUGUCGUCGUCGCCGAGCGUGUGUUUUAUCUACGAACUACUUACUGAUGUGAGUUCUAAUGUUUACAACCGACGUGCAUAGACGAUAUUCUCUGAGGGGGGCUUUCCAAAAAUGUGCACUUUUCUGAAACUGAAAGCCAGAAGAGAAAGAAGCCGCGAUAUUGAUGAAGGAAAUUUAUGAGAUAGCAUUUAUUCUCAGCCAUCCUUCUUAAUAUAAAAGUUUUCUUUGCAUAGUUUUUAUAAAAGAAACUUGCAAGUUUAAACAUCAGUUCUAGUUGAUUUCAAAGAAAACAUUUAUUUUUCUAACAGUUAGGAAAAUAUCUGUAUACUCAAUCCUAACCAGCCCUUUUAAAUAAAACAAUGGGGGUGUGGGGUGUGUUCGGAUCCUUCUCCACCUUCUCCCGUCUAACUUCAGCAGCCAAUGAUGACUGGGUUGAUCGCAUGAGCCAUAUAUACUCAUCGGUUGUCCUUGUUCUUUUUGCAAUAGUAGUCACUACAGGCCAGUUGGUUGGUGACCCAAUACACUGUUGGUGCCCAGCCCAAUUCACAGGAGCAUAUGUUGCCUAUACCAAAUGGAUAUGCUGGAUUUCAAAUACUUACUAUAUUCCAAUGUCAGACACGAUUCCUGUUAAUAUUAAUGAAAGAGAAGACAGGCAAUUGACAUACUACCAGUGGGUGCCUUUAAUUCUUCUUUUUCAAGCUCUUUUGUUUAAAGCCCCGAAUUUGCUCUGGAGAAUUCUUCAUGGCACCUCAGGCGUUAAUUUAGACAAGCUUUGUGAAUUAUCAGAGAAGACUCAAUAUGGUUCACCUGAUGAUCGCAAGAAAACUAUCGAGCACAUAGCAUAUUUCAUGGAUCGUUGGCUUGAUUCUAAUCGUAUUUACCAUUGUAAUUUCGUUGUGAAAACUCGCCAAAAGUUUGCCAAAAUUUGCUGCUGCUUCUGUGGUAAACGUGAAGGAACAUAUUUAUCUGGUCUUUAUCUCAGUAUUAAAGUCUUAUAUCUUGUAAAUAUCAUUGGACAGUUCUUUAUGUUAAACAGUUUUCUAUCAACUGAUUUUGGCAUUUACGGUUUCCAAGUGAUGCAACACUUCAACGAAUAUGGUGCUUUUAAAGAAUCACCACUAUUUCCACGAGUCACUUUGUGUGAUUUCAGUAUUCGGCAAAUGACUAAUCUGCAACGAUUUACUGUCCAAUGUGUCUUGCCUAUUAACCUGUUCAAUGAAAAGAUUUUUAUUUUCCUUUGGUUCUGGUUUGUUUUUGUAGCCAUUUUAGCUUCAGCAAACAUGAUAAGUUGGCUCUAUUACAUGAUUUACCGACGUAACAAUGCAGCAUACGUUAAGAAAUACUUGAAACUUUCAGCUACUCCACUAAUCAAUAACGAUAAAAAACAAUAUAGAAACUUUGCAGACAACUAUUUACGCAAUGAUGGAGUCUUUGUCUUAAGAGUAAUAGGUAAAAAUUCAACUGACCUAGUCUUGACAGAUUUGGUGAAACAGUUAUGGAAGAUUUUCAAAGAGAAGCCAACUAGUUAAGAAUGCUUCCUUUAAAUGAAGCACACUUUAAAAUGUAAAUGCAAACCAAUAAUUUCAAUAAAGGAACCCCACCAAACAGUUUGAUAUUUAUAAUAGUUGUAAACUUCUAUUUCAAGGCAAUCUACAGAAAUUUUCUGACACUUCGAAAAAUAUAUCUGAAAAUUUUUAACCUUAACUAAUAUUCAUUUGUUUCUUAAAUAAAUAAAUUUGAAAUUAGUUUCAUAGUUUUAUAUUACAAGACUGUUCUUCCAUAUACAAAGAACUGUUAGUAAUUUCUGUAGUUGCCAUUUUAUAUACUCAGCUUAUCAGAUUUUCCUGUUAUGUAAAAUCUUCUGUAGUGUUCCAUAAUAUUCUAUGUUGAUAUUUUUUCCAUUUCAUUUAGUGAAAAAAAAUCAAAAAGAACUUUUUUUUUUUUUUUUUUUCUCAUUGCAUGAUUUCACUUUGUGUUUUUUUUCCUUCUAUUCAUUUUUUUCCAUCCCAAUUUAUGUAUUUUGAAUAAGACUUUAUACAUUACGUAUUCCAACUAAGGCAUUUAUCAAUAUCCAUUUGUACUUGUAGAAUGUAGUAUAAUACUAUGCAUAAAAAUUGUGGUGUAUAUUCUAUUAAGCUGCUAUCUAAAGCGUAAUUUUAGAAUAUGAAACUGUUGUGAUAAACCUUCAUCAAGUUACUGAUUUCUCUUUUUUUCUCUCUCUCUCCACUGGUCAUACAUUUUUAAAAUAAAUAUAUCAGUAGUCCAUUUUUAAAAAAUAUUUUGUUUGCGACUAUUUGCAGGAUAUGCAUCAUCGAUCCAUUAUGAAUUAUAAUUAAAUUUUUAUUCAUAGUGUUUUUUUUUGUUUGUUUUUUUUUUCUGGUAAAAGAAUUAGAAAGUCCCUUUCCAUUUGUAGCUGGUAUCUAGCUCAGAAUUUCCAUAAUAAUUAUCAGCAUUUUUAAUCUUUUCAUUUGAGAUAAACAGACCAAAGAAUACAUUUUACCCAUCUCCAGUGAUUUGUUGGUGUAAGAAAUAUCAUUUUCACAUAACUUGUCUGAAAUAUCUUGUACCUUCAUCUAUCAUCAUGUUUAAUUUGAAACACACACACACACACACACACACACACACACACACACACACACACACACACACACACACACACACACACACACACACACACACACACACAGUGCUAUGACUUUGCUGAGCACUGCAACAAUUUGUGUAAUUUCUAGGGUCUUGUAUAUUAAAUUAUGUGGGGUUUUUUACUAGUUUUUCAAUUGGUUGAUUCUUGUCUUUGCUAUUAUGCAAAAUACUUGUAAAGUUAACUAGCUUAUGUAUAAGCUAUAUCUAACUUGGAAUAGCUGGGUAUUUGCCCCAGCUUUGCAGUAUCUGACACAUUCCAUUUUGGGAUAAUGUGUAUCUAAUAAAAAGACUGUUACUAUAUAGUCUAGUAUAGUUAUUUGUGACAAUACAAUCAUCUUAUCAAAUCUAAAGAUUUGCUAACCCCAUCCCUUUUGUGUUUCCAACUGGGUUGUCAACAUCCAGUCUCAUCAUGCAAAACUAGUUUACUGCUGUUUGUUACAAAUAACCUAUUCCUGGGUUAUAUUUCCCACCCCACAUUCCAUUAGCUGGAAAUGAAUGGAACCAUUUAAAUGAGCAUUUAACACUUGGUUAAAUGAAUAUUAUACAAGUUUUCCAUUUUAAAACCUUUUUUAAUGUUUAAAACUGGAACAAUUAGCUUAGUCUGUGUAAUAAUGUCUUCAUAAUGUACAGGAAAUUGUAUGCAUAUCUGUUUCAUUGAGCUCCUUUACAAGACACUUUCCCUUGUACAUUAUUACCCGUCCAAAUAUCUUUAUUUUUGUAAAGAAUAUUCCUUAUCUUCAUUCCUCUUAAAAUAAAUAAAUAUAUAUAUAUAUAUACAUACAUAUAUAUAUAUAUAGCUGUGACUGGUGAAAUCUCACUACUAUUUCUGUAAUGAUUUGGGCUGGAUGAGGGACCAAUUUUGUAAAGUAAACUGUAAUUUUGUAUUAAUAAAAGAUUUAACAACA